AUGCCGCGUGUUUAUAAACCUGAUCCUAGAGGGAAAAGAUAUAGAAAGUACGAUGAAAAUAUUAUAAAUGAAGCUGUUGCCGCAUAUGCGAAUGGCAAAUUCUCUUUAAAGGCCAUAGCAGAGAAAUAUGAUAUUGAUAAAUCUGUACUUUAUAGACACAGUGUCAAAACUAUGAAAAAACAAGGAGGGCAAACUAUUUUAACUAACGAGACUGAAGAAUGCAUGAUAAAGUAUAUCAAUAUAUGUGCAGAAUGGGGAUGCCCUUUAGAUGCUUUAGAUUUGAGAUACAUUGUUAAGACUUAUCUUGACCAAGUGGGUCGGACAGUACUCAAAUUUAAAAAUAAUUUACCAGGCCCCGACUUUGUCGCGAGUUUUCUAAAACGUCACAAAAACCAAAUUUCCCAAAGAUAUAGCCAAAACAUUAAGAAAAAAAGGGCAGAAGUUUCACCAAACUUGAUUAAAGAAUAUUUCAAAGAGUUAGAAGUGUCAUUGGCAGGUAUUAAUCCGAGUUCUAUAAUUAAUUACGAUGAAACUAAUUUGACUGAUGACCCAGGACGCAAAAAAAUCAUUACUAAACGAGGAACGAAGUACCCAGAGAGGGUAAUGAAUAGUUCAAAGUCUUCAGUUUCAUUGAUGAUAGCCGCUACAGCUGACGGCACUUUACUCCCGCCGUAUGUGGUAUACAAGGCUCAAAACUUGUAUAACACAUGGACUGAAAAUGGACCACCAGGAGCAAGGUAUAAUCGUACGCAAUCCGGUUGGUUUGAUGCAACCAUUUUUGAAGAUUGGAUUAAAUCCAUCAUUAUACCUCACUUCAAAGAUAAAGUUGGGAAAAAGUGCCUAAUAGGCGAUAAUCUCUCGUCGCAUUUAUCGAUUGAGACAAUAAAACUGUGCCACGAACAAAAUAUAUCGUUCAUUUUUUUACCGGCAAAUAGUACACACCUCACACAACCUCUUGAUGUAGCAUUCUUCAGGCCUAUGAAGAUAGCAUGGCGAAACGUAGUAUUAAAGUGGAAAAAAACCGAUGGGAAAGCCCAAUCAACGAUUCCAAAGGGAUGUUUUCCUAGACUUUUAAAUAAAUUAAUGGAAGAGCUUCGUAACAACAGUAAGGCUAAUAUAAUAGCAGGAUUCCGGAAAACAGGAAUAUACCCGAUUAAUGAAGAAGAGGUUUUAAGCAGACUACCUGAAGUGCAAAACAAUGAAAAGAAAACUGAAAUAGAAAAAUCCGUUCUAGAUCUGCUCAGGGAGAUGAGAUAUGGAACCAUGAACAUAACCGAACCAAAAAGGAAAAAAAAGUUGAUAGUAAUACCUGGACGAAGCGUUGCUUCUGAAAGUGAAGACUACAUAGAAACAGAACAAGAAGAAAGCCAACAAAAACCAAAAAAGGCAGAUCUGAGAUCCAAAAUAACACAAAACAAAGAAAAUACUACAACUAAUACUUACGAUGGCAAAGAAAACAAUAAACAUAAGGGAAAAGGUGUAGGGAAAAAAACUAAAACACAAGAUCAGAAUAUUGCUGAAAAAGAAAAUAAACAAGAAAACGGACCAGACACUGAAAAAAUACUACUUGACGCAAUAAAUGACUUUGAUUUUGUAGCGAACAAUUCAAUAGAAACAAUGCCUAUUAUGUUGGAAGACAUGUUGCUGUUUUUCGUGUCUCGAUCUCCUAAGAAAAUACUAACCUUCAUAAUUUUUCAGGACGCGAAGGAGCAGCUAAACAAGAAUCAAAAUGGCGACGCCGACGCUCUCGAGAACAUUCUGUCGCACGUCGGCGACAUGGGUCGCUACCAGAAACUGCUGUUCUUGGCGAUGAUGCCGUUUGGACUAUUUUUCGCGUAUAUCUACUUCGUCCAGAUGUUCAUAGCUGCGACCCCCCAGAGGCACUGGUGCAGCGUUCCCGAGCUCCAGCACUUGGAUAUGGAGUUGAGACGUAAUCUCUCGGCUCCGGGCGCGGUCACCGGUGACUGGGACCGAUGCAGCACGUACAAGACGAAUUGGACCAGAGUACUGGAGACCCUCACGCCACCUGACCCCGGGACACCGACGGUGCCCUGCGAGAACGGGUGGGAUUUUGAGCUGACUGAUAUACCUUAUCAUACUGUAGUUAGCGAAAGAGGAUGGGUGUGUGAGAAGUCCGGAUACGCACCCACAGCUCAAGCCAUAUUUUUUGCUGGUUCAUUUGUCGGGGGUCUUUUGUUUGGAUGGAUCGCCGACAACUUCGGAAGAGUUCCAGCACUGAUAGGUUCGAAUCUAGUCGGCAGCAUUGGAGGUAUAGCAACGAUAUUCACAAGUGGAUUGUGGGACUUCAUAGCGUGCAGAUUUUUAGUCGGAAUGUCCUUCGACAACGCAUUCAUGAUGAUAUAUAUUUUAGUACUAGAAUACGUCGGUCCCCGGCAUCGUACCUGGGUGGCGAAUAUGUCGAUAGCCUUGUACUUCGGAACUGGUUGCCUGACGUUACCCUGGCUGGCUCUAUGGAUGGGUGACUGGAGGAAGCUGCUCUGGCUGACGUCGCUGCCAAUGCUGAUAGUCCUCUUCGUGCCUUUCGUCGUCCCCGAGAGUGCGAGAUGGUUACUAACAAGGGGCCGAGUUAACAAAGCUGUUGAGAUACUAAAGACGUUCGAACGUGUCAACGGCACUAAGAUACCUGACGAUGUCAUGGACGAUUUUGUUGUAUCGGCGCGUCAAACUAAGCAAGAGAGAGAGUCCCUGAUAAUAUUAUUCAAGAACGGCCCGCUCCGCAUCACCAUGAUUCUGAUGGUGGUCGUCUACAUGGUGUGUGCGGUGAUAUUCGAUGGUCUGGUGCGGCUGUCAGACGCAUUCGGCCUGGACUUCUUCAUAACGUUCACGUUUACGUCGGCUACGGAGAUCCCUUCAGUUACGUUUGUAGCACUUCUACUUGACAGAUGGGGUCGUAGAGUUCUGACGUGCGGUCCUAUGGGAAUAUCCGGGCUCUUGAUACUGAUCGCGAUUUUUGUUCCCAAAGGCAUCGCCCAAGCUGCACUGGCCGUAAUGGCGCGGUUCUUCAUCAACAUGUCGUACAACGCUGCGGUCCAGUGGGUCACGGAGCUGCUGCCCACGGGCGUCAGGGCGUCGGGAUCCUCAGUCCUGCACAUGAGCGGCUACGUCGCUAUAGUGCUCUCACCUUUUAUUGUCUAUUCGGAACGUGUCUGGACCCUGCUGCCGCUAGUUAUCCUGAGCGUGAUAGCUCUGGCCGGCAGCGGUGUCGGCGUCGUGCUGCCGGAGACCAUGGGCAGAUCCAUGCCGCAGACUAUGGCCGACGGCGAGAGGCUCGUCAGAGAUUAUUCGUUAUGCUGGAAACCAAAGUCGGAAAGCUCAGAAACAGCUCAAUGGAAAAACGAAAAGGAAAAAACUCAUCCUUUAGUAUAGAAACUCCUUCCAGUGCCCGAAGGGAAGGAACUUCCGAGGGUGCGUGUUUACGGACGCAAAUGAUCCGAGGUGAUCAUUAAGGUUAAUUUUACUCAACGUAUUGCGUAUUAAUAAUAAAAAUAGAUAAACAAUCAUCGUAGUGCAUUUACUUUUACGUAAUUGCAAGCUUGUUAAGCAGUUCUAGGGAAAAUGUUCGAACUCUAAGUGCGAACUUUGCGUUUGUGUGGGUGUGGGUCAAUGACAUCUGAUAGUAAAAAUACAAAUACAACUUAAUAACGGGUAUUUUAUUGUUAAUUUGUAUUUUUGUAUUUAUUAGCGUAUGUGGGUAGGCCGUCGGACGGUAAGCCGUUACCGGGGA